UUGCAACCUCCAAUAUAUUCAACCCUAAUACCCCAUCCAUCUCCAUCUGGGGCAAAAAAAAAAAGAAAAAAAAAGAGGAAAUAAAGAAAGAAAUCUUAACGCCUAUACCCAAUAUAUCAAUCAAAAUGUCCUCAGAUACAGCCCCAACACUCCUGACCCUCUACCGCGGCCUCCCAGGCACAGGAGCCUACAGCUGGUCCCCAUUCGUAAUUAAACUGGAAACCCGCCUGCGCUUCGCUGGCAUACCUUACCGCGUGGAAGCAGGCUCUGUACGCAACGCACCCCGAGGCAAAGUGCCCUAUAUCUCUAUCCCGGCAGAGAGCCUUUAUGAGGAUGGAAGCAAAUCAGCCCCACCGGUCGUUAUGGGCGAUUCGACCAUGAUCACGAAGACAUUUAUUGAGAAGGGGUUGACGAAGGAUUUCAACGCGAAGCUCUCGGGAUCACAGAAGCUCCAGGAUAUCGGGCUGAUAGCGUUGUUGGAGGAUAAGUUGUAUUGGUAUAACGGAUACGAAAAAUGGGUGCUGAACUACUAUACCAUGCGGGACGUGAUUCUGGCGGCAUUGCCUUGGCCUGUCCGUGUCGUGGUAGGUCUCAUGGCCUACAACAAAGUCACGCGUACUCUUACCGGCCAGGGGACGAUGCGUUUCUCGACAGAGGAGAUCAGUUCCUUAGCCCAGGAGAUCUGGGAGCGGAUCAAUGGUGCGCUUAUCGAGGCGAGAUCGCGACAUGUUGAACGGGGAGGACAAGGUCCGUUCUGGGUUUUGGGUGGUGAGGAACCGACUGAGGCUGAUGCGGCGCUUUUUGGGUUUAUUGUUUCAGGGUUGGUUUGUUAUGCGGCGCCCCAGACGCAGAAGCUUAUUCGGGGAUAUCCGGCGGUGGUGGAUUAUGCUCGGCAGAUUCAUGAUAAAUAUUUCCCUGACUACGCACUUUGGGCGUGAAGGUUCACAUCGAGUGCCUAGCGGCUUCAUCAUGUAGAUGGUGGGGAACCAAGAAGCAGUGUCUUUCGGGCCAAGCAUAGACCUCGUGGUGAACGGAGGGUUGCCAUGGCAUAAACACUUCCACAGACUAGUCAAUAUCCAAAGCGGUUCAUCACAUAUUUAGCUGAUCACACGUAUCAAAGUUCAUGCCCGUGGGAGUCUCAGUGAAUGAGAAGACCUAGAUAUUGGAAAACUACAAAGGUUUUAUUGC